AUGGGUGCCGCCCAAACAGCAUUUUUCACAGCGCUUUGCUUCCAGAAGGCAUCGGCUGAGGAAGCCGACACGGAGACAAGCUGGUCCUUCAAUCCAUUCUUGUUUCUAGUGCCUGCUGGAGUGAUCUACCUGGUUCGAUGGGUGUUCAGCCUCAAGCCCGAGAUGGACACUGAUGCGGAUGGGUACAAGUCCACCACGCUGCGCGGGAGGGACUCGGAGGAAAACCUGCAACGACGGAUUGCGGAAAUGGAAGCUCGCCUGGCCUUGGAGGAGAAACAAAGGCAAUUGCUUAUGGCAGGGAAGGCGACGGCUACAAGAGAGGACGAUUCGGAGGAUGAUUUGUUCAGCUCUGAUCUGGAUGCGCAGCUGCGAGCAGCGCAGAAGAAGUGA